CCCGGCCCGCCCGCCCGCUCCCUCCAGCUGCUCCCCCGGCCGGCUCCUCCGGCGCGCCUCCAGCGCCUUCCAGCGGACUGCAGCCCCCACCUGGAGAGCGGCGGCCGGAGCGGGGCGCAGCGUAGCAUAGCGUGGCGCCAGCCCCCCAGUGCGAGGCGGGCGGCUGCAGCGAGCGGAACAGACCUGCUACACGGUGUGGCGGCGCGGCGCGUGCGUGCGACAGAGAGUGUGUGUGCUGUGACAGUAGUGCGAGUGACAGAGUGCGCCGAGUGACGACAAGACAGUCGCCAUGACGUCAGCGGCCAACACCCCCUGGGAGAGCCCCUGGACCCGCCACUGGAUGAGCGUGCUUCUCGCCCUCUGCAUCGGCUGCUCCGCUGCGACCGCCAAGGCGGCCGGCACCGGGCCCUCCAGUACUCCCGCCCCCGCGGCCACGGCGCAGAGCGCGGCCCUGGAGCGCUACCGGCGCCUGGUACCCUACAUGACGUACUACGUGGCCCAGGGCCUGACGCAGCGGCCCUCGGCGCUGCAAGCCCUGCAGCCCGUCCACAACGCUAUCGAACCCUUCAGCCCACCGAGCCGCCUCCGCGGGGGCAGCGCCAACCUCGGCGCCAACGGCUUCCUGCUGCCAGCCUACGUGCUAAGGCCCGGAGUCACCCCGGCGCCACCCCAGCAGGGCCCGGCCGCCCCGCCCCCGAGGAGUCUGUUCCGGUUCGACUUCCAGCAGCAGAGUCCUCGCCCGGGGAGGGCCAAAGAGCAGCCGUUCCUCCCGUCGCCGCCCCUCACGCCGGAGAACAAGGACUCCGACGACUACUUCAAGCCCGUCACCGACACGGCAAACUACUACCGCAACGCGCCGGCCACCGCCCCACCCCCCGCACAAAAUCAGCACCACGUCGUCUUCCCCGGCGAAGACUCACAGCUGAGGGCCAAACUGCGGCAGCAGCAACGAAAGCAACAGCAGCAGCUGCUACUUCAGCAGCAGCAGAGCCAACAGAUCCUACUGGAGGACGCAUACCGCCUCAAGCUGCUGAUGGCGCAUCAAGAGCGCCUGAGGGAGCAGCUCCGCGCGCACCAUCAGCAGGAGCACGAGGUGCGGGCGCUGGUCCAGGCGCAGCAGGCCAAGAGGCUCAGAGAGCAGCAACUCCAGGCGCACCUCCGGGCGCAGCACUUGAAAAAGCUGCGCGCGCAACAGCAGCGCCUACAGCAGGAUCAACAGCUGGAGGCCCAGCUCCAGGAGGACCUACGCCAGCAGCAAGCCAAGAGGCAGCAGGAGGAGGACCACCGCAUGCACGCCCAGCUCGAGGAAGACCUACGCGCACAGGCCCAGCUCCAGGAGGAUCUACGCGCACAGGCCCAGAUCCAGAAGGACAUGCGUCAACAGGCUAAGCGGCAAAAGGAGGACGACGACCUGCGUGCGGCACAGCGGCAGCGAAAACUGCAGCGCCAACAAGCCCUGCGAGAGCAACAGGCUCUACAGGAGCAGCAAGCCCUCCAGGAGCAGCAGGCCCUCCACGAGCAGCAAGCCCUCCACGAGCAGCAGGCCCUCCAGGAGCAGCAGGCCGUCCAGGAGCAGCAAGCCCUCCAGGAGCAGCAAGCCGUCCAGGAGCAGCAAGCCCUGCAGGAGCAGCGGGCCCUCCAGGCGCAGCAGGCACAGAGAGAACAAGCCCUUCACGAGCGUGUGCCUGCCUCCGCACCAGCCUCAGAGCCAGCCUCUGCACCUGCCGACACCAGCACCGAGGUGGAGCAGCAGGUCGUCGUGUCCCUCGAGGAGAUACAGAAAAUGAUGCCCCCGUCGGCGCCCGCCCCCGGACCCACGGCCGUCGGGGAAGAACACCACAUUCCGGUCCACACGGGCAACCCCGACCCCGUCAACAUCCACCCCGUCGUGUACGCAGAGGACCCAAUUGCGAAUCCAACGGCUGAGAACGUGGCGCGCCCAAGCAGUAGCCGCGAAAUUGUUGCUCAUUUGAUUAACGGAUUGCAGCUUUCAAACAAACUUCCACAAUCUCUAACGCCUGAAAACUUCGAUAUGAGCUUGAAGACUAUACUCCAGCUAUUGAAAAUUCUACAUAAAACAAAGACAGGUAACGGACCUGCUGCAGCACCAACAAAAGUAAAGGUAUCACCAGACGCGCCUGAGAGAAAUACAGCCUUCUACAUAGGUGGAGGUACUGUCUCACAAACAUUCCCUGCACCAAGUGUGGAAGGAUCUACCCCUGGCAAACCUGGUAUUGACUACCCAGCUUAUGAUUCUAUUCCACAAACAAGCUUCAGCUGUGCGACACAACGUUACAAAGGAUUCUUUGGUGACCCAGAAACAAAUUGCCAAGUGUGGCACUACUGUGAUUUAAAUGGAGGGCAAGCUUCCUUCUUGUGCCCAAAUGGUACCAUAUUCAGCCAAGUAGGGCUAACAUGCGACUGGUGGUUCAAUGUUAGAUGUGCCUCAACUACCCAAUUAUAUGUUUUAAAUGAGAGACUUUAUAAGUAUAUUUUACCGGUUAAACCAAGUUUUCCAGAGGACUAUUCAGGGCCAGAUGUUGACCGCUAUCUUACUGAAAAGUUCAGAGAGAUGCAAGCUAAAGCAAGAGGAAGGAAAGAAAAACUAAAGGUCAAGGAAAGUAGUGGUUCACAGACAACAGAAACACCUGAACAUUCUAAAGAUCCUGUUGAAUCAAACCAAACUGAGGACCAUGAUGAUCAAAAAAAAAAGUCACCAGAGGUCCAGAAAGGAAAGGAUGUUGAGGAACGACAACAGCUUGACCCUGAUCUUUAAAAAAAGUAAGACCUUUAGAUUUGUAGUUGAUGCUGGUAGAGAAACACCUUCUAUUAUUUUAAAAUAUAUUACUGGGGCCAACUACCUUGAUCAGAGGCAUUAUGCAGAUGUACAGGAAAAAAUUGACCUUGGUGUAUUUUAAAUUGAGCCAGCAUCAACAACAGCACUUGCCAUAAAAGGAUGUGUUAAAAAUAUAAGUGUUAGUGAGCAUAGACAACAACCAUAUUAUGUGCCACAUGUAAAUAUUUAAGAUAGCUAGUAGCCAGAGCUUUUCUUUUAAAACAGUUUACAAUUAAAAUGUUGUGUAUUUUUUAACUGUAAGCCAUCAAUCAUGUACAUGAUAAUGAGCUUCCAUAAACACAAAAGGCUCAGAUUUAGUCAAUCUAUCUGACUAGAUUAUUGAGUGCAAAAUUAGGCUUCUCCAAACUGACUUAGUUUAAGAAUGAUUUGACUGAGCUGUGAAAUUAACUAGCAAGUAAUGUAUUUUGACAAAAACACCAUCAGAUAAACUCAAGGAUGUAGUAAUGCUGACAAUCCUAGAGAGCGCACUGUUUAACUCUAAGAUCACAGAUGAUACCUUAAAUUAUGUGUGUUAUUGUGGGGUAACAAUUAAUUUGCCAUCAAAUUUCAGUACGGGUUGAUGCAUAUCAGUUUUUGAUUUCACAAAUAAAAUGAUGUUGGUGUGCACAUAAACCAACAGAGCCAAGUUGUACUUCUAGUCAGUGGUUUUGUGAGAAAUUCUCAAGUGUUUAUCUCUAAAAUUAAAUUAUUGUUGUUAAUCCUAAUGUAAGCUAUAAAAAUAUAUUCAGAAGAGUUUCAAAGCUUCUUUAAAGAAGAGCAUUCAAGUUAAGUUAUUUAAUUGGCUUAGCCGUACACCAACAUAAUUUAAAGUUUCCCUCAUGUAAGAGAUUGUUAGAAUAAUUUUAUGUUAACUUGCCCGACUGUGUGUGUGUGUGUAAAUUAAAGAAAUUAAAAAUGCAGAAAACAG